AAAAUCACUUAUUUUUAGACGGUCGCUUAAGUGUAAAUGUGCAGUCUGCUUCCUUAACAUUGGAAUUUUAUGCUCGGAAAAGGCAACGAAUUGAUUUACACAUUGUUAUACCGUUAGUGUUAGCCAGUGCUAGGUGGCUAACAAAUGUUAGCUUAGCGUUAGGGAGGGGGAGGCACUCGUAGCGACGGCCAUCACGAACGUCUUUAUUGCCCAGCCUCGUCUGGAACCAGUUGAGAUCGUCUCUUUAUGUAGUCUGGUGGACAAAAAAUAUUAAACAGUACCGUUUGUGAGACAGUUUUGUCAUGCAGCUACAUUUAAUCGAUGACCAGUUUUAAUACUAGAUGAGUGAGGUGGGUGUGGCUUCCCACCGCCCGACCAUCCUGACUGACGGAUCUCUGGAUGACCUUGUCCCCACCCCUGUCCCUGCGCUCACAUACACCACAGCAAUGUCACAUCUGCCCAGCAGCUCAGUCCGCGACCAUAUGAAAUGGGCGGGGCUGCUUGGCUGUGAGGCUGUCCUCUCCAGUAUGGCCCUGAUGCAGGCCAGUACAAUGGCUGCUCCGCCGAAGAAAAUGAUGGCUCCACUCGGCCAUGUCCCGCCUCAGAGAGAGGGCCCAGACCGUGCUCCCCAGAGCCACAUGAUCCUCCCAUCUGGAAUGAGCUGUCCGCCUCUGCUCAUCCGGAAGGAAGGUGAAUUCCCGGCCCCCCGGUUGCUGGACGAGAAAGAAAUGAGGGCCAACGAAGACAUGCAGCAGAAAAAAAAGAACAGGAAAUCAGUAACGCCCUGCAAAGUGAGAGAACAGGAUGGGAGGGUUGGGAAGGGCGCCGAUGGAGAUGAAAAUGGCCCCUCGUCCAAAGUGCAGAAAAAUUUUAUUUGUGAUCAUUGUUACGGAGCAUUUAAAAGUGGAUACCACCUAAAAAGACACAUCCUGAUUCACACAGGGGAGAAGCCGUAUGCUUGUGCCGUAUGUGACAUGAGGUUUAUUCAGCGUUACCACCUGGAGAGACACAGCCUCAUUCACACGGGGGUGAAGCCGUACGCUUGUACCAUGUGUGACAUGAGGUUUUUCCAGCGUUACCACCUGGAGAGACACAGACUCACCCAUACGGGGGUGAAGCCAUACGCUUGCUCCAUGUGUGACAUGAGGUUCUUCCAACGUUACCAUCUGGCAAGACACACCCUCACUCAUACUGGGGUGAAGCCAUACGCUUGCUCCAUGUGUGAUAUGAGAUUUUUCCAACGCUACCACUUGACCAGACACAGCCUCACUCAUACGGGGGUGAAGCCAUAUGCUUGCUCCAUGUGUGACAUGAGAUUUUUCCAGAGAUACCACCUGGCAAGACACACACUCACCCACACUGGUAGGGUGAAGCCAUACGCUUGCUCCAUGUGUGACAUGAGGUUCUUCCAGCGUUACCAUUUGGCAAGACACACCCUCACUCAUACUGGAGUGAAGCCAUAUGCUUGUACCAUGUGUGACAUGAGAUUUAUUCAGCGUUACCAGCUGGAGAGACACAGCCUCACUCAUACAGGGGUGAAGCCGUACGCUUGCACCAUGUGUGACAAGAGGUUUUUUCAGCGCUACCACCUGGCGAGACACAGCCUCACUCAUAUGGGUGUGAAACCUUUUGCUUGCACCAUGUGUGACAUGAAGUUUUUUCAUCGUUACCACCUGGCGAGACACUGCCUCACUCAUACGGGUGUGAAACCUUAUGCUUGCACCAUGUGUGACAAGAGGUUUUUUCAGCGCUACCACCUGGCGAGACACAGCCUCACUCAUAUGGGUGUGAAACCUUAUGCUUGUACCAUGUGUGACAAGAGGUUUUUUCAGCGCUACCACCUGGCGAGACACAGCCUCACUCAUAUGGGUGUGAAACCUUAUGCUUGUACCAUGUGUGACAUGAGGUUUGUUCAGCGUUACCACCUGGCGAGACACAGCCUCACUCAUACGGGUGUGAAACCUUAUGCUUGCACCAUGUGUGACAAGAGGUUUUUUCAGCGCUACCACCUGGCGAGACACAGCCUCAUUCAUAUGGGUGUGAAACCGUUUGCUUGUACCAUGUGUGACAUGAGGUUCAUUCAGCGGUACCACCUGGCGAGACACAGCCUCACGCAUACGGGGGUGAAGCCGUAUGCUUGUUCCAUGUGUGACAUGAGGUUUAUUCAGCGUAACCACCUGGAGAGACACAGCCUCACUCAUACGGGAGAGAAGCCAUUUGCAUGUGACAUGUGUGAUAUGAGGUUUAUUCAGCGCUACCACCUGGAGAGACACAAGCGUGUCCACAGUGGGGAGAAGCCUUACCAGUGCGAAAGGUGCCAGCAGAACUUUUCACGCACAGACCGGCUGCUGAGACACCGGCGGUUGUGCCAGGGCCGCGGCGUAGCCAAAGUGGAGAAUCAGCCCUGCUGCGAGCCACGCCCGUAUCCCCAGGAGCCCCCACCUGCACCCCCCACCUGGAGCCCCCUGCACCCUCCCCCAGGGCGGCUGGCUGUCUGACAUCCCGCCUUCUCUGCAUCCACAGCUCCAGCGGAGACGGGACAAGCCGUGCAGGGUUUUCUCCUCCCACCUCUGUGCACAGUGGCGCCGCAUUCUAGCACAAACUGAUCUCGCAGCUCCAGGUUUGGGAUUUGUAACGACAGUCGGACAUUUGUGUGUUUUUGUCAACUUUUUACUGUGUUCCCCUUUCUUCCUUUUUUCUUUUUAAAGAAGAAACAUUUCUGUGAUGAACAGUGGUCCCCCCUUUUUUUUUUUUUUUUUUACUAAAUCCUUUGUUUUCUUAUUUCAAAGUAAGAGUUUUUACUGGUAAAGAAUAAAAAUAUUGUCAUUUAGUGGUACUCGGGAAAAGAACUGGCUAUUGUUCGUCCUAAUGUCUUUGUGAAAAUUUGGAUGAAGAAAUCAUUUGAGCUGCUCCAUCAUUCUUUUCCUAAAUGAUCCAUUUUGACUCAUAAAUCUGUCAGUCAAGUUAAAUGGAUUAAAACUGACCUUUUCCUCUGGCUGAAGGGCAGAAAUUGACCUGAGACUGUGUCUGAUCAGAGGGAGUUCAGAUGUAAUCAUGUUUUUGUGUAAAUAUAAAAAAAACUAUGGCUAAACUAUAACUUGGCUGAUAGUUAUGUGCACAAAAUGGGUCAAAGGUUCAAAUAUAUUUUGUUACCACUGUUGCUGUUGAGACCUGAGGGAACCUGAGUUUCUGUCAUAAAAAAUAAACUCCAUAUAUGUAAACCGGAGGUUCCUGCUCUGACCUCAGUGUGUUAGGAGUUCUACUCGCUGCUGUCCAUUCUGUAAAUACCAGAGGUCUCCUCUGCUGUUGCAGGAAAAAAAAAAAAACAUCACUUCCAGUGUUUCUGGUGAACUCCUGGUGGAUAUGAUGCAGGUCGGCCACUUUGUCGUUUGUACAGGUUGUCACAUUGUGAGAUUAGCAACAGUACAAAAUCUUGUGGCCUUAGUAUGUUCCUUUUUCCCAGUUUCUUCUUUAUUUAGUUGCCUUUUUCUGGCUGUUUUAUUACUGCGAAUCAGACGAGUCAACGAGCCUUUUUACUCGUGCUUUUGUUUUCCUUAAAGCUGUCGAGGUUUGUGAAUGUUGACGGCUACGGCGGUGCUGAACUGCUUUCUCCUGUUGAGAGGUGGACUUGAUGGGAAAGCGAAUAUUUAAAGUUAAUGUCACUGCUAACAGCAGCAGCGUGUCGUCCCAAAGGCCUCCCACGUUGAGUUUGGGUCUGCUGCACACUAACGGUGGCCUUAAGGAGCGAUCGCUGUAACGAUGACCCUGAGUGGAGAUCCCUCUCCGGUCAGAGAGCCCACAAGAGCUGCUUCAAACGUGACUCCUUUGGUUUCUGAUGAGCUCGUUAUCACAGGUGGAGGUAAGGGUGGGUUCUGCUGCAGAGUUAAAGAUGUGGAGCAAUCCACUAACCCAUCAAACCAAUGCUGAUGAAGAUGAGCACUUUCAUCACAAACCUGCAGUGUCCACAUGUCUUCUGCCUCUGGGGGAGGAUCUGCAUUCUUCAUUACAUCUCAUGAUGAUUUGAUAGCAGACCAGAGCUGUGCUGGGAGGGUUUUGUGACGGGUUUCACGUCCCAACAGAGAAGUUUAGGAAACACUAUUCCCACUCUGGAAGGGACGUCUCCAGUGUGUGCACAUGCAGGGAGAAAAAGGCAAAAGGGCAAUACCGUAUAUAGUAACUGUCUCUUAGUAAAACCUGUUUGUCAUUUAUUAUUUUUAGUAUCACUUUUGUUAAAAUGCAAUAGAAAUCAUGUUUAUAAAAAAAUUGUUUUGUUUUCAGACAAAUCUCAUAUGAAUGAUUGUUUCAAGGACCUUUUUUGUUAUUCUGAUUAAACUACACUGGAGUGAAAGGAAGAAGAUGAGAGAAAAUUAGGAUUUUUUCCCUCCCCCCUUUAAUCUAGAUUUUAGUUUUAGACAAAGCCUUUGUUCUGCUCAGCUUUACCCAGAAGGUGAAUGGGACAGUUUGGAUCAGUACAGUUGGGAGCCCGGUAUGUUCUGUAAUUUUUGACAUUAUGGGAUGUAUUACCACAGGAAAAUGUUCUGUUAUCUUAUACAGUCCCUGGUAUUUGUAGUAAAUUAUAUUGAUAAUGGUAUUAGAUGAACAGCAGCAUAACAGUAGCUAUCACAGAUUAGUUGUUUUCUUUUAUUAGUCUUGCAUGCGGAGUUAUGGUCCUCAGUUAAGAUGGGAUCUUGAUAUUGAUUAUUUUGUGUAGGAAAAAGAGUGCAUAAGAAUAACUUCCUAAAGAUGUUACUGAUUAUUGUAAAAUGGGCUUACUAAUAUGUACCAUUGUGAUCCAAUUAGUUUCAACUGUAUGAAAAUCUGGAGAGAGGCUUCUUACUAUUAUGCUAAAAUAAAGAAUUUGUAAAAGA